ACCUUGCCAGCACCAUUUUAUGAAACGGCAGGGGAGUUAAUCAAGAAACUAUUAGAAAGACUCUUCGAAGAGGGGAUUUUAGACAUACAUCUGACCAAGGAACUACAUGUGAAUACUCAUCCAGUAUUUACUUUUGCAUACGAAACCUCCAGCCAAAGGAAUACAGAAUGACCGCCCCCUCUUCCCAAAAAGUCGUGCUCAAAAGCACCACCAAAGUAUCUCUAAACGAGCGCUUCACUAACAUGCUGAAGAACAAGGCGCCCUCAGUGGUGAGUGUGCGAGCCACAAUGCAGCAACAACACCUGGCCAGUGCACGUAACCGUCGGCUAGCCCAGCAAAUGGAAAACCGACCAUCGGUGCAAGCUGCACUGCACUACAAGCAGAGCCUGAAGCAGCGCUUGGGGAAAAGCAACAUUCAGGCACGGCUGGGCCGACCUAUCGGGGCACUGAUGCGUGCAGGAGGCGCUGCCGGUCGAGGAGGGAUGCAAGGAAUUACCAGGGGCAGUCUUCGAGGGCGCAUCCGAGGAGCAGCUCGGGGUGCUUUGGGCCUCAGAGGGAAGCGCAUUUCAGCAGGCCUGAUUCACGUCCGUGGUCGUGGUGUUUCAGGACGAGCUAUGCUGCGGGGAGUGCAAAGGGGAGGGCCUCUCUCUCGAGGAGCCGGACGAGGACUGGGUGUUAGAGGUCGCGGUGUUCUGCGAGGACGUGGUGGCUUCCCUGCUCGAGGUGGUCGGGGCCGUGGGCGAGGCAGAAUAGCUGGUCGCGCCUCCUCUCUAACCCGGGAACAGCUGGACAAUCAGUUGGAUGCCUACAUGUCGAAAACCAAAGGCCACCUCGAUGCUGAACUGGAUGCAUACAUGGCCCAGGCAGACACUGAUGGCAUGGAGUGAUGAUCCAGGAGCCGAUCGUAGAUGGCUGACGCAGGCUUCUACGCUGUACAAGUCACAUUGGAUAGAAACUCAAAUAGUUUCUGAAGCUGAACUCUACAAAUGCAGCUUACUAUUAUUUAGAAAAGGCGCCCACGAAAACAUAGAAUGCAGUCAGCAAAACUGCUGCCGAAAUUGAAGCCUAACUCUAGAAAAUAAAUCUGAACCGUGGCUUACCAAAUCUGCGAGCUUUAAUCUUUUACAUAAUUACAAAUAUCUGGAAGUUCUAAAAAUGUAUACAAUGUGUUUUUCUGUAUGCCUUGCUCUGACAGAUGUAUAUAUCUUGGAUAUUUCUAUAUCUAUAGAUGUAUAAUAUUUCUCAUGAUCGAUUAGUCCUGAUGCAAAGCUGCUAUUGUAAAAGGUUGAUAUGAUCGUUUUUGUACUGAAUUGGCAUUGGACUUUUACCACAAUUUUUUUAAGUAUUUUUAAGGAGAUCAUCGAAUUCCUUUUUUAUUUAUAAGAGGCCAAUACCAAGGUUUGAUACUUUUUUCCUUAGUUUACAGAAUAUCCAUGUGUCCAUCAUUUUUAAUUGGAAUUAUUUGUAUUGACUUGACAUCUUACACAAGCAAGUAGAAUGUAAUUCAAACAAUAGUGUUCCCCUGCUGAUGUGAUCGAGAAUCCAAUGUUUUUUAUAAAAAAAAAAAGUCCAGCAGAGGAAAUCAA